AUGAAAAGUUUAUUAAUCUCAACAAGUCAACAAGAAAAAUUAAUACAAAAUGAAACAGAACGUCGACGAACAAUUCGUCUUCUUCAAACACGUCAGAUUGAAAAAGAACGUGCUGCUCAACUUCGUCAAACAAUUGCGGAUGAAAAGAAAAAACAAACAUAUGUUUUAAUUAAUCAACUUCAAAAUGAAUGGGCACAAGAAAAAGCUGAUUUACAUGAGAAUCUUGAAUAUCAAUUUCGUGAAAACCUUAUGGAAAUGGGAAAAGGUCAUAAAGAAGCGAAUGAUCAACCUGAUUAUGAACAAGAAUGGUUGAAGAAGACAUUAGAUAAUGAUGCACGAGCAUCUGAACGAGGUCAUCAAGCAAUUGAUAAACUUCAUGUAGAUAUGAUGCAAAAUGAAAACGAACGUAAUCUUCAUAUUCUUCAUCGAAAAGCAGCACUUGAAUUAGAAAAAUUACGAGCGCAACGUAUUGCUAAAUUACCUGUACCAGAAGAUCCUUUACGUGAUCUUCAAUCAAAACCAACAACAAUUGUUACUGUUCAUGAUCCAUAUAAUUUUUCAACAACACGAUAUCAUCUAGAAGAACGUCUUGUUACUAAAGAAGAUGAUCAAGAAGCUGAUGCAGCACAAGAUGCUAUUGUUGAACAAGAACGUGUAGAUACAUAUGUUUCCGAUAAACAACGUUUAUGGAAUGAACAACAAGAAAAAGCGCGAGUUCGUGGUGAUAAUGCACUUAAACGUGAAGUUCUUGACAAUGCAUAUGAUAAUGUACUUGAUGAAUUAAGUAAACUUGAAAGACAAGAUCGAGAACGUCGUCAAAAAGAAAUACAAAAUCUUCCUAAAAGUAUAUUUAUUCCUCCAUGGCGUCGUGAAGAAGAACGUGAAGAUAAACAACGACAAAUGGAAACAGCAUUUGAACAUGCAUAUCAAGAAACUCAUCAAAAACAACCAAUUCCAAUUAUUCUUAUGAAUGAAGAUGAAAAUAUUGAUGAAGAAGAUGCAGCUAGUGAUCGAACACUUAUAGCAGAUAAUGAACAAGAAGUAGAAAAUCCAUCACCUGAAUAUCGUAUGGCAACAAUAACUCCAUCAGUUAAUACAAUGCCACUUGCAGAUGAAAACCAUGAAGAUGAUGAAGCAACAUUAGCUGAUCCAACUAUAAUGACAUUACAAACACCAUUACCAGAACAGCCAGUUAUAAAACAACAAAAUAUUCAUCGUUUAAUGGAAAAAAUUCAACGACAAAGACAAGCAGCACAAAAUCGAACUGAUCAACAACAAACACUUGUUACACCAACAAUUAAAACACCUAAACGACUUGUUGUUAGUCCUGGUUAUGAAGAAAGUAGUAGUACAUCAGCUGAUUCAUCAGUAACACAACCAAAUAUACGAGAUGAAGAAGAACAACAAUCAUCAGCAAAUACGACAACUGCUGAAAUUGAAGAACGACGAGUUCAACUUGAAUUUCGAAAACAAGCACUUGAAGAACAAAUACGUAUUUUAUCUGCACGAGCAAAUAUUAUGCCACAAAUGUCUACUCAACGUCCAAUGGUUUCAUCAUCAUCUGAUAUAUCUAUUGAAAGUUUAUUGAAAAAUUUACGUAUGACAAAUAAUACAGGUAGUAUACCAUCAUCAUCAGCAUCAUCAGUAUAUGCUGUUGGUAAACGACAAACAGAUGAUCAUGAACAAUUUGCUCAAGCUGUUCAAGCUAUUGUUAGUUCAGAUGAAUCACAAUUACAAACAUCAUCAUCCGGUAUUGCCAUUGAAGAUGAUGAACGAUCCCAUGAAACUAUGUCAGAUGAUGCGAAUAGAGGAAGACUUUUAUAUGACAGAUAUGAAAGUCAUUCAUCAGAAGAUCGAGAUCAUUCAUUAGAAGAUCUUAUUUCACGUCUUCUUGCUACACAACAACAAUCAAAUAAUAAACAAUAUCAAGAUGAAUCACCAAUUCAUAUGGUAUCAUCGAAUAAUGAAAUAAGAAAUCCAUCAUUAAUCAUAGAUGAUCUUGUUGAUGAUGUUUUAUCUUCAAUAUCAUCAUUAUCAAAUAAUACACCUGUUGAUCAACGAUCAAUAUCACCUGAAAUUGCUCAAUUACUUGUAUUAAAUCGAAAUAUUGAUGGUUCGCAAGAAUUUCAUGUAAAUAACAAUGAAGAGAAUCGUUUUUAUGAAGAAAAACGUUUAAUUGAAAAAGAAUUAGAAUUAAUUCGACAUGAACGUGAAAAUCUUCUUCAUGAACAUGAAAAAUAUCGUCAACAAGCAAUGACAUCAUCGGUAAAACAACAAGCCCAACUUCAACCUCCUCCUCCACCAUCUCUUCUUCGAGCUAAAUUAAAUAAUGUUGCUACGAAUGAAAUACAUGAAUUAAGUACAAUUCAAGAAGUUGAUACACCUGUUAGUUCAAGAAAUACAUCAGUAUUUCAUCAUCGUAGUCCAUUAAAAUCUUCAUUUGAUCUACAACAAUUAGAAAGAAUAUCAUCGGCUGAUUCAUCAUCAACAUCAGAAUCUGAUCAUAAUGAAAUUCUUACUUCACAGCGAUCGUCAAAUUUUAUUAUACAACAACAACAACAACAAUUAUUACCUAUGACUGGUUUAGAACGUGAUGAUUCUGGUAUUUCACUUUUUGAUGGACCACGUUCAACUGCAACAUCUCGUACAACACUUGCUAAUGGUGGUGGUGGUGGUAAAAGUUCAAGUAGUGGAAUUCAAAGUUUAUUACCAACACGACAACCACGUGUACGAACAAUAACAAAUGAAACAACAACAAAUACAUCAACAAGUACUAAUUUACCUAUGGUUGUAACAACACCAAGAUCAAAUACAGAAUCUGAUGAUCAAUCAUUAUCAAGUAUAUCGAAAAAAUGGCGAGAUAUACUUGCCAAUGAAUGUUUACCACAAUUACCUCAAUUACCACAAACAAUAAAUUUGAAUAAAGAUAACGAACCACAAUUAACGCAUUCAUUGGGUUUUGGUUCAUCAAAUGUUGAAGAACUUCUAUCAUCAUCAUUAAACCAUUCAAAUAAUAUGUUUUUAUCAUCACCAAAUUUGCCAACUCAAGAACAAUUUCUUCGUUCUCAAUAUGAUAAUGAACAAUGUGAUUUAAUGUCAUUAAUUAAAGUACAUGAAUAUUUAACAAAACAACAACAUCAUCCAUCAUCAACAAUGACAGCUAUUGAACAAAUAAUGCCAUCAUCAGCAUCAUCAUCAACUCCACCAGUACAUCAUCAAUCUUAUUCAACAUUAACAUCAGUUACAUAUCGUUCAUCACUUGCUAAACAAGCACCUGCUAGUGGUCAACCUAUUUCAACAUCAUCACAUCAUUCUUAUUCAUCAUCAGAAAAUCUUCAUCAUCAUAUGAUACAAGAUAAAAAUGAACGUCAUCAUAGUAUUGUUAGUGAUAUACAUCAUUUAACUAAUUCACCAAAUACAUUUGAAACAUCAAUAACAUCAAAUUCAUCAUCGAAUUCAAGUAAACAUCAUGAUACAUUAUCUUAUUUAAUUGAACAAAAUCAACGUGCUAUGCAAAGACUUAUUACGAAUCAUAAAGAAAACCCAGUAGGUGACUCAACAACAUUUUUUUCAUCAGCAUCAAUACGUGCACCAGAUUAUGAAAGUGGACAAUUAACAACAUUAUCAAGUGAAAAAAUACAACAAAAAAGUACAUUAAUUGAAACAGGUUCAUUAUCAACAUUAGAUUUCCCAUCUGCUAUUUUAAAUGCCGAUGAUCAACAUUUAUAUGAAACAGCACAACUUGAUUGUAAAAUUGAUUCAGAUGAACGUGGUAUUCUUGAUGAACCAUCAUUAACUCUUCUUUCGAAUAGUUAUCGUUCAUUAACAACAACUACAGGUCAAAAUCCAACUCCUAUAAUGACACAAUCAACAUCACAACAAAAGAAAAAACAAUGUUCAUCACCACUUUCAACAUGUGAUGAUAAAACAAGUGCUUGUUCAACACCAGCAUUAUCACCCAUUAAAAAUGAACCAUUUAUGACAUUGCAAAGAAAAAAUCGACAUGAAACAUUAACACCCGUAUAUUUAGCUAUGCCAGCUAUUAGUCAAUAUUCACCCUUACCUUUACCAUCAUCAACGAAUUCAUCUGUUCAAUUAUCAUCACAAAAACAAAAUAAACAAGCGAGUAGUAAUGAUACAUCUUUACUUUCAUUUGAACGACAUGAAUUAAGUGCUGGAAAUGCAACAUUAAUGACAACGAAUGAUCAUGAUGAUAUUAAAUCAUUUGAAAAUCAUUCAUUAAUCUCAGAUAUAGCUAUAGGAACUCGUCUUCCUGCUACGACAGAUGCUGAUUGGUCUUAUUUUAUUUCAGUUGGUAAAGGAUUUGCAAAAGAACUUGAAAAACCAGCUCCUUCAUCAUCAACAUCUUCUUCUUCUUCAGCAUCAUCAUCAUCACCAACAACAACAACAACAUCAUCAUCAGCAAAUAGUAGUAAUCAAAAUAAAUCUCAACAAAACCGACAUGUAGGUGGUCUUGAAUUUUUUAUUAAUGGAGAACAACAAAAUACGUCUACUCCACAAAUUGUUCAAUUACCAACUCUUCAAUCUGCUUUACAAGCACAUCGAGCUAAUUUUGUUGCAACAAGUCAAAAACGUAUUGAUGAAAUCAAAGCUAAAGAUUAUACUACAAUCAAUACUUCUCAUGUACCAGUUUCAACACGUCUAAAAUCACAAAAACAAAUUCCAAUACAAACAUCCAUACCAGCAACAUCAUCAUCAUCAAUAAAUACAAUUGAAACCGAUUCUGAAGAACGACAAAGACGUGUACGUGAAUCGAAAGAACGUUCAAAACGUUUGUAUGAUCAAUUAGCUGAAGUUCAACAAAAGAAAAAAAUUCAUGAAACAAAACAACAAGCACAAGCUUAUCGUGCACGUAUGAAUGCUUUUCAAACAACAUUAAAUAAAAAAAAGACAAAUAACAAUAAUAAUAAAAAAUAA